CAAGGAUACACCGACGGGCUACUUCAACGCCUCUGUCCGUGACGGUGGCUUAGGUGUCCCCGCCCUGUCCACGGGGAUUUCCUGAUUCCCUCGAUGAUUAUAAGGACGAUGGGCCGGUAGCAAUCGUCCUUUCCCGCAGCCCGCGCGGCGGCCUCCGCCCCCCGGAUUCUUCGGAAGCUGGAGUGGGCGCAAGGUUUGCUGCGCAAACAAGGGCUGAGCGAGCGGCCGAAGGGAUCCGAACAACGGCACUUGUGGGCCAGGAGAGUUUACGACUCCUGUGAUGGGAGCGAGCUCCGCGAGGCCGCGUACUAUCUGGAGUCCAGCAAAUGGGUAAGACCGGCUGUUGGUACUCCAGGCAGAGAUUACGUGCAGUAUCAUCAGCUCAGAAGCAACUCACUACCGUCCCGCAUGCGGGUCAGUAGGGAGGAGCGGAGGGCUCGCCAGGAAGUGCUAUGCUACACUAUGGUUGCGGGGUACCGGAAACGGCUGCCCAUGUGGUACAGCAAUGCUUUCUAACGCACGGCGGAAGGGUCCUUCGUCAUGAUGCGGUUUGCCGUGUCUUGGCGGGUGGGCUCCGUAGCAGCGGCUGGCACGUCGAGCGGGAGCGGAUGUUUUCGACUCCCAUUGGGAACCGGAAGCCAGACAUCAUCCCUAGCAGGGCUGGCUCCGCCGUCAUAGUAGACGCCCAGGUGGUCUCUGGGAGCGUCGAACUGCGGCGAGCACAUCAAGCAAAGGUUGCGAAAUAUGCUGGCAAUAGCGAACUCAUCACGGGCGUGUCCGAAUAUCUACACUUCCCGGAGGGAAAAAUCCCCACCUCCUCUGCGACCAUUUCAUGGAAGGGAGUGUGGUGUCGAGAUUCGCUCAAAUCCUUAAAAGAUCUAGGCUUUAGUUCGGGUCUGCUCUCAGGCGUGACUACUCGCGUCCUGCAGGGCAGCCAUACGAACUGGACGAGGUUCAACCGCACGACGCUGGUGAGGGAGAGAAGGUAGCGCAGCGAAGGACCCCGGGAGACCCCGACUUCCUUCUUCUGGAACGGGUGCUGCAUCCCGACUGGUCGCCUGUGUAGCGAUACACAGCGCGGCUGGGAACAUGCACAACAUUCCCGACCCUAGUCCGCCGCUAUGCACAAACUCCCGUCGGAAUACUCGCACGCCCAUCAGUGCGACACUUUUCCAUGAUGACGACGGCAUUAUUUGGUUCACCAUGACGAUUUUUCCACCGAGUCGAUGCAUAGCAUCCGUACUGGGAGGAGGGGCUGGAGAUAGUUGAACCACACGGUGACAUCUAGGCCGCACACAGUUAAAAUCCUCUGUCCCGAAUUCUCCUGUUAGUUGCGUGGACAGUAUGUUUAGUUCCAUGACGCCGACCAUAGAUGGCGGACGGCACUACGCAGUUUCCAUGGCCACCGCAACGAUAGCUUGAUAACUAAAAAUGAUGGUUCUUCCAGAAGUUCAGGAGAUAUUUUUAAAAUACAAAUCCCAAGAAGAGAAAAUUGACUCGAUUUUGUGUUCAAGGAAAUUUCCUUAUGAAAGUAGCGGCAAUCCGUCUUUUGAAAACGGCAAUGUACAGCUAACUUUAAGCCUACAGCAGGCACAACAGCGAAACAGAGAACUUAUGAAAGAACUGGAAACGGUAAAAGGGAAUUUGCGAUCCAAGGCAAUCUUUAGCCCAAGCGAACUGCAGUGGGAAAAAGUAAGCAAGGAGUAUGCUAGCAUCAAGUCUUUACCUAUAACUACCUGGAGGUGUCAUCUACCAGUUUUCGUGUAAGUGGCCGGAGUAAAUAAAAACUUGAUUCU